UCGGAACGCAGCCAAUAUGUCGAAUGACAGUAGUAUGACAUCAUAAAAUUCGUUGGUAAAUUGUUUAUUGAAAUAUGUAGUAAAGAAACAAUCUCGUGUUUUUACAAAAACUCCCCCAAGAAUUCGAAGAGAGAUGAAAUGAUCGUCAAGCGGAUACGUAAUAUUCGAAUAAAAUUAUGUGACUAGACCACAACAAACAUUGAGGUUGACGUUCGGCCGUAUGUCAAUAAACAUCAACGAUUUCUUUGAUCACGAGAAAUCGAUACAGUACAAAUGAUUAUUUGUAUUUGACCAUGGUAGAUCGCAGCUCUGACGGUGGCAAGGAACGCCGGCAAUAUUAUGUCGCCAAACGAGACACGGUACUGUUACGAAUACUUGGAGCAUGCGACGUUAACGUUAACGAGUUACGUCUGGGAAUGCUUGUAGAAGCGCUCGAGGAUUUGAAGGAUAGCUCGUUGAAAAUACGCGUAAUCGACACCGCGGGAUCCAAAACCUGGUGCGGCACAGAAUGGCGCUGCCACAAGUACGAUCUGAUACCAGUGUCGCACAAGAUACGGCAGUACUUGCUCGCAGUACAAUCCCCGCAGGAGAGAGUUCAAUUGGCAAGCAACAAAGCAUUGUGCGAGCAAAUAAAGGAUAUAUCUGUAAAGGACAAAGUCUGGUACUGCUGCGAUCCUAAUAAACAUUCUAAGGAGUUAGCGUUUGUGAAAUAUAUUGGACCUGUGACAGAACUAGGACUAGGACAUUACUUUGGUCUUGAACUACUGGAAAGUCAAGAAACAUCCGAGACAUCUUCACUGAUCAAAGAAUAUUUUACUUGCACACAUUGGAAUGCAAUAUUUGCUACUGUAAGCAACAUAUGCCCCUACAAAGAAACUGACACAGUCUCCAGCAAUAUUGAAAAAACAUCAUUGUUCUUGAAAGGUAGCACAGGAACUGACUAUAGUAAUGAUAAAAAGAAAUCUGUGCUUGACAGUACACCGGCUAUUCUGCUAGAACAAUUUACCACGUUUGACGACAACAAAAACAACAACCGUGAAUCUGUCAACAUGUUGAAGGAACGUCAAAAAAUUGCAAAAUCAAGUCUCGAGAAUGACGUCAAUAACUUCACAAAGAAUCUCGAUCACGCUCUCUUUAAAUCCGCAGCACUGCAGAACAUUCCUAUUUUUGUAUUGGAGCACAAAUGGAGUAGUGAUAUAGAAUCGAAUGUGUACAGUGAUGUGGAGGAAAUGCAUGAUCGCUUAAGUUUGCUGGAUUACAGUAAGAUACAUUCGAUAUCUUGCCUCUACCUGCACCUCAAACAUUUGUUUAUACUUGUACAAAUAUCAGGCAAUGUGUCGGAAAAAAAUGAAAUCAAGAAGUUCAGCAAGAUAGAAAAUAAGGAAGACUUAAUGGUAGGCUCUAAUGUGAAAGUGUUAUUGGAUUCUGAUAUUCACUACGGGGUUAUUCGAUGGAUUGGUACACCAUCUGGUAUUAGUCCUGACAAAUUGAUGGCAGCUGUGGAAUUGGAUGAUGGACAUCCUUUAGGUACCGAUGGAACUUACAAGGACAUUAGAUAUUUCCAUUGCAGGCCUCAUAGAGCUGUAUUUACAGACAUUGAACACUGUUCUCUCUACGAGAAUACAAAGCUUGACGAGCGGCUCGCACUUACAAACAACGACAAUUUCGGUAACAUGGAAUGUUCCGUAAUCGCAGGCAUAGUGAGACCUAUCUCCGUCAAAGGAGACUUGGAAAGUAUAUGCGGCAAAUAUCGUGGUAUCCAAGGCCAUCAUAAUUCAUGUUACUUGGACGCUACGCUCUUUAGCAUGUUUACAUUUACUAGUGUAUUCGACAAUCUCCUAUUUCGACCACCGAAUGAAAAAGACUGUCCACAGUAUGAAGAAGUGCAGAGAGUUUUACGAGAAGAAAUCGUGAAUCCGCUCAGGAAGAACAUGUUUGUUAGAGCAGACCGUGUAAUGAAGCUCAGGACUUUGCUUGAAAAGCUGUCAUCAGUAUCCGGCUUGACUAGUGAGGAAAAAGAUCCAGAAGAAUUUUUAACGUCGUUGGUUGCCCAGAUUCUGAAUGCCGAACCAUUUCUCAAAUUGAGCUCCGGACAGGACGCAUAUCACUAUCAAUUGUUUGUUGAGAAGGACGAUCAUCUAAAUCUACCGACUGUGCAGCAAUUAUUGGAACAGAGUUUUCUAACCAGUAAUAUCAGAUUGAAAGAAGUUCCAUCGUGUCUCAUCAUACAGAUGCCUCGUUUUGGCAAAUCAUUUAAAAUGUAUCAAAAAAUACAGCCUACAUUACUGCUUGAUGUAACGGAUAUUAUCGAAGACUCCCCUAGACAGUGCACAGUUUGCGGAAAAUUAGCAGAAUAUGAGUGCAAAGAAUGUUACGGACAAUGCGGCGUUGGUCUCGAGAGUAUAGCUUUUUGCUUUAAAUGUCUCGAAAAGGUACAUUGUCAUGAACGAAGGACGAACCAUGAGCCAAAGAAACUAGUUGUGCCUAUGGAGUUUGCAAUUUUGCAAGAACAUUGUUAUGUACCGCGCUUAUAUCUAGAACUUUCCGCAGUAGUUUGCAUUGAAACCUCACAUUAUGUUUCUUUUGUGAAAUGUGGUCCUGGUUCAGAAGCACCAUGGUGUUUCUUUGAUUCUAUGGCUGAUAGGAAAGGAGAACAAAAUGGAUACAAUAUACCAGAAAUGGUACCAUGCCCAGAUUUUCCCUAUUGGUUAAGUGAAGAAGGAGGAAAUUACCUGACUAAGUUGACAGAUGACCGACACUUACCAGAACAUGCAAAGCGUUUAUUAUGCGAUGCAUAUAUGUGCAUGUAUCAAUCCCCUGAUGUUAUGAUGUACAAAUAACUUUAACCAAUUCACAUUUUAAGGAAGAGAUAGUUCUUGCAUUAUUAUUCAAGAAAAGUGCAAUGUUUUGUUUACUGCAACCUAUAAUUAUUUAAUAAGCUGAUAUAGGUAUAACAAUAAUUUUCUAGCCAAGACAGUAUAAAGCAGUAUAAGAUUGUUUAAAAAUCUUCAAAUUGUAUGUACAAAAUAGGAAUAUAUAUUUGUAAGCAGAAGAUACAUAAUUAUAGAAGAUUGGCAAUAUAUA